AACACACAUCUGUCAAUUAACUUUCCUCACUUAUUAGAGACUUGAGUUUCUGUUUCUUUGUUUUUCUCUUUACCCUUUUCCUCAAAAGAGAAAAACCCAAUAUUAUAUAUUAUUAUUAUUAUUAUUAAAACACUCCCAGAAAACCUUUUCUCCUCUAUCAGAUUUUAUUCAUUCACCUAAAAUAACUACUGCAGUUUUAAAAGGUUUCCCCCCUUCAGAGAAUAUAUAUAUAUAGAUCAACAUCAUCAAUAUCCACUGUUUUAAUUUGUUUCCUAAAAAAAUAAAAAAGUAUUAACUAUUUAUAUCCUAAUUAUUUCAUCCUAGAAGUAAUAUUUAGACACAAGUGUAGGUGUGAUUCUCCUUUUCCUUUAUAUUCCUUUUCUAUUUCUCACCAAUCACCAGUCACACUUUAACUUGUUUAUUUCUCUCUCUUUCUCUCUUAAGUCACUACUACUAGCUAACACUCUGACAAAAAGAUAUAUAUGGAAACCAUGCAAAUGCAAAAUCUAGAUACAGCAGCAGCAGCAGAAACAGCAGUUUUCUUUUGUUCACUACUAUUUACUAUUCUCUUCUUCUAAGGUAGUUCUUUCCCAGUCCAUGAUUUCCACUUUUAGCAUCAAAUGGCAGCUAGAUUCACUGAUUAUACCUCCCCCUCCUCCUCCUCUACUAUCUAUAUAAUAUAAAUAUAUAUACAUACAUAUAUAAGAGAGAGAGAGAGAGAGAGAGAAAGAGAGAAACUACACCCAAUCCCAUCAUUGAUUACACCUUAACAACACCACAACUAGAAAAUAAAAUUAAAUUACCACAACCAUAUAUAACCCUAGCUACCUCCUAGCUCAAACAAAUCAAGAAAUUAUAUCUAUAUAUCAUCAUCAUCAUCAUCAGUGUUAUAUAUAUAUAUAUACUGUUAUGGAUAUAGUUUCAGAACCCAACAACAACAACAACAACAGUAACAAUCACAUGGCUUCAUACAAAGCCACAUCCUCAGGCACUACUACUACUACUACCGUUACAACAGAUGCCAACUCAGCUUCCUUAAUCGGCGGAGGCUCGGCUGGAGCAGCCACGACGCCGAGCCGGUACGAGAACCAGAAGAGGAGAGACUGGAACACCUUCUGCCAGUACCUGAGGAACCACCGGCCACCACUGUCUCUCCCGAUGUGUAGCGGGGCCCACGUGCUCGAGUUCCUCCGUUACCUAGACCAGUUCGGGAAGACUAAGGUUCACAACCAAACCUGCCCCUUUUUCGGUCUCCCUAAUCCUCCGGCUCCCUGCCCCUGCCCGCUCCGCCAGGCCUGGGGCAGCCUCGAUGCCCUGAUCGGUCGCCUCCGCGCAGCCUACGAAGAACACGGUGGUCGACCCGAAGCUAACCCGUUCGGUGCACGCGCCGUCAGGCUUUACUUGCGUGAGGUUAGGGACUUUCAGGCCAAAGCCCGCGGUGUUAGCUAUGAGAAGAAGAGGAAGAGGCCUAAGCCCAAAAUCACAUCCACCACCGCUGCUGCCUCCGCCAACGCCGCUGCUGCUUCCGCCACCGGUACUAGUUAGAUCAUCAUCAACAACAACUCUACUAUCGGAUAUCUCUUUCAUAUGGAACAAUAUAAUACGUUUGAAUUUGGGGGCAACGUCGUCCUUAUAUUUGCUGUUUAAGGGUGAAAACUGGCAGUGAAGAACAGCAAGGGUGGUAUAGUGGGAUUAGACUAUUCACCGCAAAAAAAAAAAAAAAUGAUAAUGGUUGUACUCUGAAACUACUGCAUACAAUUAAUUAAACAUUAGAUCGAUAUCAAUAUCUCUGUAAAAAAAAAUAACAUAAGUAUUUCUUGCUUUCUCUUGUUAUUAAUCAUCUUUUCUUUUAAUUUGUUA